AAGCAUCUCGUGUCUAAUAUUAGAUACGACCACUAGAUGGCAGUAAAGCCACUGGGCUCACACAUAACCCCAACCUCUUUUGUUGUUUUAAUGUUUUAUCAUCUUCUCAUUGGCUAUGGAGGGUUAGCAUUACAUGUGUGUAUGUCCUUUUUGAAGUUGUUUUUUGACUAUAUAUGUCUAUUUUUCCUUUUGUUUGUGUGCUUAGGAAGAAUAGGUGGCAGCACAUACAGUAUUUUUCUUUAGUCUAUCUGGUUAACAAACCGUAGAAGAAGAACACUUGAAGUGUCAUACCAGUUCCAAGCGGGAAGGAGUGGGCUGAUGGCGGAGUAGCGGUGUGAGCUUCUGGUUUCUUUAUUGUGUUAUUUAGCUAGCAGCCUGGCUGGAGAAGGAACAACUGACGAGUCAGCAUGCCUCGGGAAAUUAUAACGCUUCAGCUUGGACAAUGUGGAAACCAAAUUGGAUUUGAGUUUUGGAAGCAGCUUUGUGCAGAACAUGGCAUCAGCCCAGAGGGGAUUGUGGAAGAGUUUGCAACUGAGGGAACCGACAGAAAGGAUGUGUUCUUCUAUCAGGCUGAUGAUGAGCACUACAUCCCGCGUGCAGUGCUCCUGGAUCUGGAGCCCCGCGUGAUCCACUCUAUCCUCAACUCACCUUACGCUAACCUGUACAACCCAGAGAACAUAUACCUGUCUGAGCAUGGUGGAGGUGCCGGGAACAACUGGGCGAGCGGAUAUUCACAGGGCAAAAAAAUUCAAGAAGAUAUCUUUGACAUCAUCGACCGGGAGGCAGAUGGCAGCGACAGUCUGGAGGGAUUUGUCCUGUGCCAUUCAAUUGCCGGGGGGACCGGCUCAGGGCUGGGGUCAUAUCUGCUGGAAAAACUUAAUGACAGGUAUCCAAAGAAGCUGGUCCAGACCUACUCUGUUUUCCCAAACCAGGAUGAGAUGAGUGACGUGGUUGUUCAGCCAUACAACUCGCUCCUCACUCUGAAAAGACUCACCCAGAACGCAGACUGCGUGGUUGUUCUGGAUAACACAGCUCUUAAUCGCAUCGCCACAGACAGGCUGCAUAUCCAGAACCCUUCCUUCUCCCAGAUCAAUCAGCUGGUUUCCACAAUCAUGUCUGCGAGCACCACCACCCUGCGCUACCCGGGCUACAUGAACAACGAUCUGAUCGGCCUGAUAGCUUCACUCAUCCCCACCCCCCGUCUCCACUUCCUCAUGACUGGAUACACUCCGCUCACGACGGACCAGUCGGUUGCUAGUGUGCGGAAAACCACGGUGCUGGAUGUGAUGAGGAGGCUCCUGCAGCCCAAGAACGUGAUGGUGUCCACAGGAAGAGAGAGGCAGCCCAGCCACUGCUACAUCGCCAUCCUCAACAUCAUUCAGGGCGAGGUUGACCCAACACAGGUUCACAAAAGCCUCCAAAGGAUCCGAGAGCGCAAACUUGCGAACUUCAUUCCCUGGGGUCCCGCCAGCAUCCAGGUGGCUUUGUCCAGGAAGUCUCCUUAUCUGCCCUCGGCUCACAGAGUCAGCGGCCUGAUGAUGGCCAACCACACAAGCAUCUCCUCUUUGUUUGAGCGGACUUGCAGGCAGUACGACAAACUGCGAAAGCGGGAAGCCUUUCUGGAGCAGUUCCGCAAGGAGGACAUUUUCAAGGACAAUUUUGACGAGCUGGACAACUCUCGCGAAGUUGUCCAGCAGCUGGUGGACGAGUACAGCGCAGCAACGCGGCCUGACUACAUUUCCUGGGGCACGCAGGAACAGUGAACUUGACCCUUUUCUUCUCUCUCUGCUCCAACCCAGCCAAUGCACAUUAGAAGUUUAUUCCAUCUUAGAUCUCCACAAUGUGUUCCCUACAUGUUGGUCACUCAACUGAUCAUUGUUGAGAAAAUCUGCUGUUCAGAAAAACAUGUAUUGGCUUGUUAUAGCAUGUAAUGAUAGGAUUUUUGGGGGGGAGGGUGUUUUCCUGGGCCGUAUUGUACGCUAAGGAUUCUUAUCUGUACCUGUUAGAGGGAAACUGAAGUCCUGUACCUUUUUAAUUCAGCAAAUAUGUAAUACCUGUUAUCUACACAUUUCUAUUGAGACUUAUCUCCCAUGCGGCACCUCUUUAAAAAAACAAAAAUAUUUUUUUUUUAAGUUUUCAGAUGUCUAAACCACUCUUUUCCGUUUUUUUUUUUUUUUUUUUUUUUACAAUGUUCUGAGUAUUCUAGUAUUAUUGCAGUUGCUUUGCAACGAGAACACCAUCAGCCUCUAGAAUGACUGCCUUGAAUAAUGGUAAGCACAGAACGCACAGCACGGUUGAAGUAGGUUGUGUCUUACCUCAUUUAUCUGCUGCUGAUAAAGAACUCGCUUGUUACCACCGUAAACAACAAACAAUGUCAGGUUCCAAAUGGACUUGAGCCACAAAGUGGUGUUAAAAUAGCUCCUGUGCGAACGGCUUUGGCUUUCUAACAAAAAUGCAAACUGUUACUCCAAAGCAACAGUUAGUGCAGAUAAUAGAUAAGGAGAAAACUGGUUUUCAUGCUUAGUGGCUCAGCCUGUAAAUAUACUUUAAAUAACAGUUGUGGUCUGAAGUGAAUUUUCUGUUUCAUGUUGCUUUGCUUGUUAGACUUGUAAGAAUAAUAAACAUGUUUUCUAUGACUUUGUCUGAAUACUCACUUGGUUUUAAGGAUACACUGCUUUUCAUCCAUCAGGAAUACAGUGAACCUUUCUACAAGGCGGCAGAAAUAUUUCU